AUGUUUGCUAGAAAUAGAAGAAGAAGCAUUGUAGCAGAUGAGAUAGACGGCAGCAGGGUGAGUGAAGACAGCAUCUUCAGCGCUCUCAAGGAGUCCAGUAACAGAAGAAUGGACAGGUACGGCACCCAACAGCCCUACAUGCUGGACACUGUACAGGAGGAACCGCGCAGCUCUUCCAGACACUCCACAUCCUCCCGCCGUAAAAGGUCCCCUAGCGACAGCUCUUCCAGGCACUCAACGUCCUCCCGCCGGAGCUCCAGGAAGGAGAGAAGGCUGAGGGAGGUGGAGCAUGUACAGGCACAGCUGGGGGAUAUGGAGCCGGGGUCUGCCCUGUUGCAGCUUCAGGAGGAGCCAGCAGACACAGACUACCCCGGGAUGGACACCCUGAGCUUCUCUAACCCGGGGUACUCUGGGGACCAGGAUGGCAUCCCACCUCCCCCUGCCACCCUACCCCCUGACCCAGAAGCCUCCAUCCCCCCACCCCCCAGAGUUCACGCCCCAGACCCAGAAGUGAACGUCAUCCCCCCUCGUCCCUCUAACCCCCCUUCACAGGCCAUUCCUCCUCGUCCCUCAAACCCCCCUCCCAAGGCCAUACCCCCUCGUCCUUCUAACCCCCCUCCACAGGCCGUAUCCCCUCCUCCUCUUGGCCCAGCCCCCCUUGUGGAGGUACAUGUACCCCCUCAGCCCACCACCCCAGCUCCUAGACCCAGCCCUUCACCAAAAACACACCCUAAAGCUACACCUACCCCUCCAUUCAAAACACCACCUGAAACCAUUCCCCCUACCCCACCUUUUGAAACACCCCCUCUGGCCAUACCCCCUCUGCCUUCUAACCCUCCACCAGAAGUCAUACCCCCUCCACCCUCAAAUCCACCCCCUCGAAGCAGACCUACCACCUCCGCCCUCAAACCCACCACCAGAGGCCAUACCCCCUCCACCCAUAAAUCCACCCCCCUGAUACAGAAUUGCCCCCACCCCCUUCACUCCCACCCCCUGGGCCUGAUGUUCCCCCUCCCCCUGCAGUCCCACCCCCUGAAGCAGACCUACCCCCUCCCGCUGCAAUACCACCCCCCUCCCCUGACAUCCCCCCUCCCCCUGUGA